GCUUCCCCUGUCACCCCACGCCAUCAGAUCUCGUGCCUCUGCAAGCGAAGCCAUGCUGGUGGAGCAGUUCCGCGUGGACUCGCCCAAUGUGGUGUAUGGGCCCGAGUCGAUCACCUCCAACUACACCUAUGACCACACGGAGGUGGAGCGCACGGAGGAGGGCCAGUGGACGUUGAAACCAAAGAAAACGGAGUACACUUUUGAGACGAGCACGCGCGUGCCCAAGCUGGGGGUGAUGCUGGUGGGCUGGGGCGGCAACAACGGGACCACCGUGACUGGCGGCAUCCUGGCCAACAAGCACGGCAUCACCUGGAUGACCAAGGACGGCCUGCGCAAGCCCAACUACUUUGGCAGCCUGACCCACGCCGCCACCGUGCGGGUGGGCAACUACAAGGGGGAGGAGAUCCACGUGCCCUUCUCCUCCCUGCUGCCCAUGGUGCACCCCAACGACUUUGUGCUGGGAGGCUGGGACAUCUCGGGCAUGAACCUGGCUGACGCGAUGGAGCGCGCCCAGGUGCUGGACUUUGAGCUGCAGAAGCAGCUGGUGCCGCUGAUGAAGGACAUGGUGCCGCUGCCGGGCAUCUACGACCCCUCGUUCAUCGCCGCCAACCAGGCGGAGCGCGCCGACAACAUCAUCAAGGGCAGCAAGCGGGAGCAGAUGGAGACUGUGCGGCAGCAGAUCCGCCAGUUCAAGGCUGACCAGGGGGUGGACAAGGUGAUUGUGCUGUGGACCGCCAACACCGAGCGGUACAGCGAGGUGAUUGAGGGGCUGAACGACACCGCCGACAACCUGUUCAAGAGCAUCGACGCAAACGAGGCUGAGGUGUCCCCGUCCACACUGUAUGCUACGGCGUGCGUGCUGGAGGGCGUGCCCUUCAUCAACGGCUCCCCUCAGAACACCUUUGUGCCCGGCCUGAUCGACCUGGCGGUGGAGAAGGAUGUGCUCAUCGGCGGCGACGACUUCAAGAGCGGUCAGACCAAGAUGAAGAGCGUGCUGGUGGACUUUUUGGUGGGCGCGGGCAUCAAGCCCACCUCCAUCGUCUCCUACAACCACCUGGGCAACAACGACGGCAUGAACCUGUCGGCGCCCCAAACCUUCCGCUCCAAGGAGAUCUCCAAGUCCAACGUGGUGGACGACAUGGUGCAGUCCAACUCCAUGCUCUACGGUCCCGGCGAGCACCCCGACCACGUGGUUGUCAUCAAGUACGUUCCCUACGUGGCCGACUCCAAGCGCGCCAUGGACGAGUACACGUCCGAGAUCUUCAUGGGAGGGCGCAACACCAUCGUCAUGCACAACACUUGCGAGGACUCGCUGCUGGCUGCCCCCAUCGUCAUGGACCUCGUCAUCCUGGCGGAGCUGGUCACCCGCAUCCAGCUGAAGAAGGACGGAGAGGCGGCGCUGCGCGGCUUCCACCCCGUCGCCGUGCUGCUGUCCUACCUCACCAAGGCGCCGCUGGUGCCCGCGGGCACGCCCGUGGUCAACGCCCUGGCCAAGCAGCGCGCCAUGCUGGAGAACAUCUUCCGCGCGUGUGUGGGCCUGCCGCCCGAGAACAACAUGAUGCUGGAGUUCAAGGCGUGAGGCGGGGGCUGCCAUGCCGCGCCUCCCACCCACCAGCCACAGUUACUUGAGCGUGUCCGCCGUUGUAUGUGCCCGAACUGCCCCCGUGCCGUCGCCCCCUGGGCAGGCCCUGCAGAGCUGUCCCCCUGUCCUCCCUCUUUUCCUCUCCUAGGUUGCUGCCCUUGGGGGACGUCCCUGCCCCAGUUGCUUACUUGCUCCCCUUCCCGCCGAUUCUUUGCGCUGCGUGCGUCGGAGGCAGCUGGCACGCUAGCGCUGUGUGUCGGGGAUUCUACCUCCUCGCCAACCCACCGCUGCCCUGCCACCCGAUUCCUGCGCUCGCAAGCGCUGAUUGAGUUACCUCCAGGAUUCUACCUCCUCACCUGGUCGCCACCCACCCUGCUGCACCCUCAUCCCUCCCUACAGUGCCACAUGGAAGGGCCCGCACUCCAUUUCAUUCCAUCCGUACCCUUGCUCCCUGUCAAUCCUCCCACAGAACCCUCCCCCCAUCCCCACUACCGAAUGAACUUGACCACUCCCUCGCUGUGCUGUAAAGCGAGCAGCAGCGAAUG